GGGUCGGCGGAGAAGGACCCGGGCAGCGCGGACUCUGAGGCCGAGGGGCUGCCGUACCCCGCGCUGGCCCCCGUGGUUUUCUUCUACUUGAGCCAGGACAGCCGCCCGCGGAGCUGGUGCCUCCGCACGGUCUGUAACCCCUGGUUCGAGCGGAUCAGCAUGCUGGUCAUCCUCCUCAACUGUGUGACCCUGGGCAUGUUCCGGCCGUGCGAGGACAUCGCCUGCGAUUCCCAGCGCUGCCGGAUCCUGCAGGCCUUUGAUGACUUCAUCUUUGCCUUCUUCGCCGUGGAAAUGGUGGUGAAGAUGGUGGCCUUGGGGAUCUUUGGGAAGAAGUGUUACCUGGGAGACACUUGGAACCGCCUCGAUUUUUUCAUCGUCAUUGCAGGGAUGCUGGAGUAUUCGCUGGACCUGCAGAACGUCAGCUUCUCAGCUGUCAGGACAGUCCGCGUGCUGCGACCGCUCAGGGCCAUUAACCGGGUGCCCAGCAUGCGCAUUCUUGUCACGCUGUUGCUGGACACCCUGCCCAUGCUGGGCAACGUCCUGCUGCUCUGCUUCUUCGUCUUCUUCAUCUUCGGCAUCGUGGGUGUCCAGCUAUGGGCAGGGCUGCUUCGCAACCGCUGCUUUCUUCCCGAGAAUUUCAGCCUGCCCCUGAGCGUGGACCUGGAGCCCUACUACCAGACGGAGAACGAGGAUGAGAGCCCUUUCAUCUGCUCUCAGCCCCGCGAGAACGGCAUGCGUUCCUGCCGGAGUGUGCCCACACUGCGCGGGGAGGGUGGCGGUGGCCCGCCCUGCGGCCUGGACUACGAGGCCUACAACAGCUCCAGCAACACCACCUGUGUCAACUGGAACCAGUACUACACCAACUGCUCGGCGGGCGAGCACAACCCCUUCAAGGGCGCCAUCAACUUUGACAACAUCGGCUAUGCCUGGAUUGCCAUCUUCCAGGUCAUCACGCUGGAGGGCUGGGUGGAUAUCAUGUACUUUGUGAUGGACGCUCACUCCUUCUACAACUUCAUCUACUUCAUCCUCCUCAUCAUCGUGGGCUCCUUCUUCAUGAUCAACCUGUGCCUGGUGGUGAUUGCCACGCAGUUCUCGGAGACCAAGCAGCGAGAGAGCCAGCUGAUGCGUGAGCAGCGGGUGCGGUUCCUGUCCAACGCCAGCACCCUGGCCAGCUUCUCUGAGCCGGGCAGCUGCUACGAGGAGCUGCUCAAGUACCUGGUGUACAUCCUCCGCAAGGCCGCCCGGAGGCUGGCCCGGCUCUCUCGGGCUGCGGGCGUUCGAGCCGGGCUCCUGAGCAGCCCGGUGCCCCUCGGGGGUCAGGAGCCCCCGCCCAGCAGCAGCUGCUCUCGAGCGCACUGCCGCCUGUCCGUGCACCACCUGGUACACCACCACCACCACCAUCACCACCACUACCACCUGGGCAACGGGACAGUCAGAGCCCCCCGAGCCAGCCCAGAGAUCCGGGACAAGGAUGCCAAUGGGUCUCACCGGCUCAUGCUGCCACCCCCCUCAACACCCACCCUGCUGAGCAGCCCGGUGCCCCUCGGGGGUCAGGAGCCCCCGCCCAGCAGCAGCUGCUCUCGAGCGCACUGCCGCCUGUCCGUGCACCACCUGGUACACCACCACCACCACCAUCACCACCACUACCACCUGGGCAACGGGACAGUCAGAGCCCCCCGAGCCAGCCCAGAGAUCCGGGACAAGGAUGCCAAUGGGUCUCACCGGCUCAUGCUGCCACCCCCCUCAACACCCACCCUGGCCGGGGCUCCUCCUGGGGGUGCAGAGUCUGUGCACAGCUUCUACCACGCCGACUGCCACUUGGAGCCGGUCCGCUGCCAGGCACCGCCUCCCAGGUCCCCCUCCGAGGCAUCGUGCAGGACUGUGGGGAGCGGGAAGGUGUACCCCACUGUGCACACCAGCCCUCCACCAGAGAUGCUGAAGGAGAAGGCGCUUGUAGAGGUGGCCCCCAGCUCUGGGCCCCCCACCCUCACCAGCCUCAAUAUCCCACCUGGGCCCUACAGCUCCAUGCACAAACUGCUAGAGACACAGAGUACAGGCACCUGCCACAGCUCCUGCAGGUUCUCUAGCCCUUGCUCAAAGGCGGACAGUGGAGCCUGCGGUCCUGACAGCUGUCCCUACUGUGGCCGGACGGGGACAGGAGAGCUGGAGCCCGGCGACCACGAGAUGCCCGACUCGGACAGUGAGGCCGUUUAUGAGUUCACACAGGACGCCCAGCACAGUGACCUCCGGGACCCCCACAGCCAGUGGCGACGGAGCCUGGGCGCAGACACAGAGCCCAGCUCGGUGUUGGCCUUCUGGAGGCUGAUCUGUGACACCUUCCGCAAGAUUGUGGACAGCAAGUACUUCGGCCAGGGGAUCAUGAUCGCUAUCCUGGUCAACACCCUCAGCAUGGGCAUCGAGUACCACGAGCAGCCCGAGGAGCUCACCAACGCCCUGGAAAUCAGCAACAUCGUCUUCACCAGCCUCUUUGCCCUGGAGAUGCUGCUGAAGCUGCUCGUGUACGGCCCCUUCGGUUACAUCAAGAAUCCCUACAACAUCUUCGACGGUGUCAUCGUUGUCAUCAGUGUGUGGGAGAUCGUGGGCCAGCAGGGGGGCGGCCUGUCGGUGCUGCGGACCUUCCGCCUGAUGCGGGUGCUGAAGCUGGUGCGCUUCCUGCCGGCGCUGCAGCGGCAGCUCGUGGUGCUCAUGAAGACCAUGGACAACGUGGCCACCUUCUGCAUGCUGCUCAUGCUGUUCAUCUUCAUCUUUAGCAUCCUGGGUAUGCAUCUGUUCGGCUGCAAGUUUGCGUCUGAGCGGGACGGGGACACACUGCCGGACCGGAAGAAUUUUGACUCCCUGCUCUGGGCCAUCGUCACCGUCUUUCAGAUCCUGACCCAGGAGGACUGGAACAAAGUCCUCUACAACGGCAUGGCUUCCACCUCGUCCUGGGCUGCCCUUUACUUCAUCGCCCUCAUGACCUUCGGCAACUAUGUGCUCUUUAAUCUGCUUGUGGCUAUUCUGGUGGAGGGCUUCCAGGCAGAGGAAAUCAGCAAACGGGAAGAUGCGAGUGGACAGUUAAGCUGUAUUCAGCUGCCUGUCGACUCCCAGGGGGGAGAUGCCACCAAGUCUGAGUCUGAACCCGAUUUCUUCUCACCCAGCGUGGAUGGCAGCGGGGACAGGAAGAAACGCUUGGCCCUGGUGUCCCUGGGACAGCACCCGGAGCUGCACAAGAGCUUGUUGCCACCGCUCAUCAUCCACACGGCCGCCACCCCCAUGUCGCUGCCCAAGAGCUCCAGCACGGGCCUGGGCGAGGCGCUGGUCACACUAGCAGUAAACCUCAAAAAUGUGUUCUUCCUGUCUCACCAAAACUUUGUACCCUUUGACCAGCGUCUCCUACUGUCAUCCCCACGGCCCCUGCAAAUCACCCUUCUCCUCUUUACUUCUCUAAGUAUUUUAGAUUCCGCAUGUACAUGGGGCCCUGCAGUAUCUGCCUCUGCAUGGCUUAUUUCACUUGGCAUAAUAAGAAUCCUCCAGGUCCAGCGCAUCCUAAUGCAGCCCAGCACACGCAGCUCCCCACACAGCCCCUGGAGUGCAGCCAGCAGCUGGACCAGCAGGCGCUCCAGCCGCAACAGCCUGGGCCGAGCCCCCAGCCUGAAGCGCCGGAGCCCCAGCGGGGAGCGGAGGUCUCUGCUUUCUGGAGAGGGCCGGGAAAGCCAGGAUGAGGAGAGCUCAGAGGAGGAGCGGGCCAGCCCCGCAGGCAGUGACUGUUGUCCCAGGCGCUCCCUGGAGCGGGAGGCCAAGAGCUCCUUUGACCUGCCAGACACGCUGCAGGUGCCGGGCCUCCACCGGAGCUCCGCCUCGGAGCACCAGGACUGCAAUGGCAAGUCGGCUUCCGGGCGCCUGGCCCGUGCCCCUCGGCCUGAUGAUCCCCCACUGGACGGCGAGGAUGGCGAUGAUGAGGGCAACCUGAGCAAAGGGGAACGAAUCCGGGCCUGGAUCCGCGCCCUGCUGCCUGCCUGCUGCCGUGAGCGGGACUCCUGGUCAGCCUACAUCUUCCCUCCCCAGUCAAGGUUCCGCCUUCUGUGUCACCGGAUCAUCACCCACAAGAUGUUUGACCACGUGGUCCUUGUCAUCAUCUUCCUCAACUGCAUCACCAUUGCCAUGGAGCGCCCCAAAAUCGACCCCCACAGCGCUGAACGCAUCUUCCUGACCCUCUCCAACUACAUCUUCACUGCCAUCUUUCUGGCUGAAAUGACAGUGAAGGUGGUGGCGCUGGGCUGGUGCUUCGGGGAGCAGGCGUACCUGCGGAGCAGCUGGAAUGUGCUGGACGGGCUGCUGGUGCUCAUCUCCGUCAUCGACAUCCUGGUGUCCAUGGUCUCCGACAGCGGCACCAAGAUCCUGGGCAUGUUGAGGGUGCUGCGGCUGCUGCGGACCCUGCGCCCGCUCAGGGUAAUCAGCCGGGCCCAGGGGCUGAAGCUGGUGGUAGAGACGCUGAUGUCCUCCCUGAAGCCCAUCGGCAACAUCGUGGUCAUCUGUUGUGCCUUUUUCAUCAUUUUUGGCAUCCUGGGGGUGCAGCUCUUCAAAGGGAAGUUCUUCGUGUGCCAGGGCGAGGACACCAGGAACAUCACCAACAAGUCGGACUGUGCUGAGGCCAGUUACCGGUGGGUCCGGCACAAAUACAACUUUGACAACCUUGGUCAGGCCCUGAUGUCCCUGUUCGUGCUGGCCUCCAAGGAUGGUUGGGUGGACAUCAUGUACGACGGGUUGGACGCUGUGGGCGUGGACCAGCAGCCUAUCAUGAACCACAACCCCUGGAUGCUGCUCUACUUCAUCUCGUUCCUGCUCAUCGUGGCCUUCUUCGUCCUGAACAUGUUUGUGGGCGUGGUGGUGGAGAACUUCCACAAGUGCCGGCAGCACCAGGAGGAGGAGGAGGCACGGCGGCGGGAGGAGAAGCGGCUGAAGAGGCUGGAGAAAAAGAGAAGGAGUAAGGAGAAGCAGAUGGCCGAUCUAAUGCUGGACGAUGUAAUUGCUUCCGGCAGCUCAGCCAGCGCUGCGUCAGAAGCCCAGUGCAAGCCCUACUACUCUGACUACUCCCGCUUCCGGCUCCUCGUCCACCACCUGUGCACCAGCCACUACCUGGACCUCUUCAUCACGGGGGUCAUCGGGCUGAAUGUGGUCACCAUGGCCAUGGAACAUUACCAGCAGCCCCAGAUCCUGGACGAGGCUCUGAAGAUCUGCAACUACAUCUUUACCGUCAUCUUCGUCUUGGAGUCAGUUUUCAAACUGGUGGCCUUUGGCUUCCGCAGGUUCUUCCAGGACAGGUGGAACCAGCUGGACUUGGCCAUCGUGCUGCUGUCCAUCAUGGGCAUCACACUGGAGGAGAUUGAGGUCAACGCCUCACUGCCCAUCAACCCCACCAUCAUCCGCAUCAUGAGGGUGCUGCGCAUCGCCCGAGUGCUGAAGCUGUUGAAGAUGGCCGUGGGCAUGCGGGCGCUGCUUGACACGGUGAUGCAGGCCCUGCCCCAGGUGGGGAACCUGGGACUUCUCUUCAUGCUGUUGUUUUUCAUCUUUGCAGCUCUGGGUGUGGAACUCUUUGGAGACCUGGAGUGUGACGAGACACACCCCUGCGAGGGCCUGGGCCGGCAUGCCACCUUCCGGAACUUUGGCAUGGCCUUCCUGACCCUCUUCCGAGUCUCCACAGGUGACAACUGGAAUGGCAUCAUGAAGGACACCCUCCGGGACUGUGACCAGGAGUCCACCUGCUACAACACUGUCAUCUCGCCCAUCUACUUCGUGUCCUUUGUGCUCACGGCCCAGUUCGUGCUGGUCAACGUGGUGAUCGCUGUGCUCAUGAAGCACCUGGAGGAGAGCAACAAGGAGGCCAAAGAGGAGGCCGAGCUGGAGGCGGAGCUGGAGCUGGAGAUGAAGACGCUCAGCCCGCAGCCCCGUUCGCCACUCGGGAGCCCCUUCCUCUGGCCUGGGUUGCAGGGCCCCGACAGCCCUGACAGCCCCAAGUCCAGGGCCCCACACGAGGCGGCCCACUCCCUCGAACACCCCACGGACAGACAGCUGUUUGACACCAUCUCCCUGCUGAUCCAGGGCUCCCUGGACGGGGAGCUGAAGCUGAUGGACGAGCUGGCGGGCCCAGGGGGCCAGCCUUCUGCCUUCCCUUCCGCCCCCGGCCCAGGCGGCUCCGACCCACAGAUCCCUCUAGCUGAGAUGGAGGCUCUGUCUCUGACGUCAGAGAUUGUGUCUGAACCGUCCUGCUCUCUAGCUCUGACGGAUGACUCUUUGCCUGAUGACCCUCACACACUCUUACUUAGUGCCCCGGAGAGCAGUAUGGAGCCCCACCUUGGGGAGGCGCCUGGAGUGCUGGCACCAGACCUGCUGACUGUGCGCAAGUCUGGGGUCAGCCGGACGCACUCUCUGCCCAAUGACAGCUACAUGUGCCGCAAUGGGAGCAUGGCCGAGGGGUCCCUUGGACACAGGAGCUGGGGGCUCCCUAAAGCCCAGUCAGGCUCCAUCCUGUCCGUUCACUCCCAGCCUGCAGACACCAGCUACAUCCCAGAGCUUCCCAAAGAUGCACCCCACAUGCUCCAGCCCCACAGCGCCUCCCCCUGGGGCACCAUACCGAUGCUGCCCCCGCCUGGCCGCUCCCCUUUGGCUCAGAGGCCCCUCAGACGCCAGCCAAGCCUGGGCCACUGUCCAGAGCCCACAUUGCAGAGGGACAGAGGACAAAGACUCAUGGAGCAGGCAGCAAUACGGACUGAUUCCUUAGACGUGCAGGGCCUGGGCAGCCGGGAAGACCUGCUGUCCGAGAUGAGCCGGCCCUCCCCACCUCUGGCCCGCAGCCUGAGCAAAGUCUCCAAACACAUCCCACCGCCAGCCUCUCGCCUGGGUCCAGAACCCCACCGGGGCAAGGACCCUCCAGAGACCAGAAGCAGCCUAGAGCUGGACACGGAACUGAGCUGGGUUUCAGGAGACCUCCUGGCCAUCGGUGGCCAGGAGGAGCCCGCUUCCCCACGUGACCUGAAGAAGUGCCACAGCGUGGAGGCCCAGAGCUGCCGGCGCCGGCCUGCAUCCUGGCUGGACGAGCAGAGGAGGCACUCUAUCGCGGUCAGCUGCCUGGACAGUGGCUCCCAGCCCCGCCUGGAACCAGACCCCUCCAGCCUCAGUGGCCAGCCUCUCGGGGCACCUGGGAGCCGCCCCAAGAAAAAACUCAGCCCGCCCAGUAUCUCCAUAGACCCCCCAGAGAGUCAAGGCCCUCGGCCCCCACCCAGUCCCGGCGUCUGCCUCCGCAGGAGGGCGCCGUCCAGCGACUCCAAGGAUCCCUCAGCCUCUGGUCCUGACAGCAUGGCUGCCUCGCCCUCCCCAAAGAAAGACAUGCUGAGUCUCUCCUGUUUGUCCUCCGACCCGGCAGACUCGGACCCCUGAGUCCCGCCCACUGUCCCGCUCACCUUUCUCCACUGGGUGCAAUUCCUGGCCCUCCUCCUGGGCCGUAUUCCUGAAAGAGUCCCACGUAGACACCAAGGAGGCAGCCGUCCCUGCCUCCACGGCCCUAGGUACCUGCAGAUGGGACCUCCGGAGGAUCCAAAGCUGCAGCCCCGGGGACUCGGGCUCCAGGCAGAGAGACAGAGACAGAGGACGGCCCAGUGGUGGCCGAGUUCCCAACACCAGGAGCUGUUGGGAGAAAGCAAUACGUUUGUGCAGAAUCUCUAUGUAUAUUCUAUUUUAUUAAAUUAAUUGAAUCUAGUAUAUGCGGGAUGUACGACAUUUUGUGACUGCAGACACUUGUUUCCUUCCACUUGUAUGUGUCUCAGAAUAUUUUUGAGGCGAAGGCGUCUGUCUCUUGGCUAUUUUAACCUAAAAUAACCGGUCUAGUUAUAUCCCCUCUUCUUGCAAAAAAGCACAAGCUGGGACCCAGAGUGCAUUACAAUCUGACGGUGGCCCACCUUCGGCAGAGAGCGAGAACCAUUUUGGAAACUGUAAUGUAAUUUAUUUUCUCUCCUUUAACCUCGUGAUCAUUUUCUGUAGGGGUUAAAAAAAAAAGAGAAAAAGAAAAACAGAUUUUACAAAUGAAAUGGAG